AUGCGGUCUCUAGCUCUUCUCGUCAUCUUGGCUGCCCAAGCCAACGCCCUCUGCUAUUAUCCUGACGGCACUCCUGCUCCUGGCGAUGUUCCUUGCACAGACAGCACAGAAAACUCCGUCUGCUGCGGUACUGGCUACGCCUGUUUGUCCAAUGGCAUCUGCCAGGCCACGGGAGACGAGCUGCAGAAGCCGGGUGCCAGCGAGUUUGUCCGUGGAAGCUGCACCGACAAGAGCUUUAGGAGCUCUUCUUGCCCGUCGUUUUGCGGAACUCCCAAUGUGGACAAUGUCUCUGGUGGUGAGGGCAUGCAGAAAUGCGGAAACACCAAGCAGGAUAUCUAUUGGUGCAUCAACCAACAAAAUAUCGACCUGCUGCAGACCGAGGAUCCCUGCUCCGAUCAAAAUGCUGUUGUUUUCUUUCCAGGCACUCCGACGGCAAUCACAACUAUCAAUGUAGCUCAAAAGACUACCAGCACAAGCUCAACAACAUCAUCGACCCCGACAACUAUGACGACGUCAACAUCGUCUUCCUCUUCUAACACAAACACGGUUACUGGAACAGGAACAGGAACAUCCACGGCCACGUCCACUUCACCGCCCCCAGCCGAGACAACUCCAGCAUCAAGCGGCAGCAAAUCCUCAAACGGAGGCGUCAUCGGCGGCGCUGUGGGCGGCUCUUUGGGUGGUGCAGCUCUCAUAGGCGUCCUUGCCUUCUUUUUCAUCCGGAGACGGAGAGGCAGCCGAGACACGGGAAUUCACGAGAUGGACUACACUCCAGUUGAGCCCAAAUCAUCGGCAACUCCUCUGGUGCACCAUGGUUUAAAUCCACACGAUCCAGACGAUGUUAGACCCAUUCACGAAGCACCUGGCUCAACCGAGUUCGACUCGGCAAAGGCGAAGCAUACCCCGGAUGAGCCCAUGGAACUGCCAGCUUGA